UUUUAUUUCUGUGGAAAUCGUCAACGGUCAACAAAAAUGACGUGGGUCGUGACAUAUGUAGUUGUUUGUGCACAAGGAGACUCGGUCGGGGUACGAGUUUUCAAGGGCUUAUUUAAAUGUAAGCGACUCGAUCCCAACGGUCACUUCCGCCGCCACAAUCCACGAAAUAAUCCACGAGACUCCGUGCCGCAACCGACCUCCCUAAGUCGGUCUCCUGUUUUUUGCCAGUACGAUAUAAUACACGAUCGAGGCCGGGAAAACGCACGCGAGGUCGAUGAUGGCGAGCCCUGCACGUUCCGACCACCUCCUGCUGCUCUCCGAUGGAGCGCAGGCCGUUGCCCCGCCGCCCAGCGACCUCUUCACUGCCACCGAGCUGGCGGCGGCGCAGCAGCUCGUGCAGCUCAGCGAGAGCAGCGCCGACUCCUCCUCCUGCUCCUCUUCCUCUUCCUCCACGCGAUCCCUCAACACGCGGCCGCCACCUGAGGCAAUUUUGUUGGAAGCCGAGGAGGAUGAGGAGGAGGAGGAGGAGACGGGGCCGUGGCGGAGGACGAAGCGGUACCGUCCGAUCGCGGAUCUGUACGACUUGUCGAAGCCUAUCAGCCUCUGCGCAGGAGCUGGGGGGGCGAAGAGGUCCAGGAGACGAUGAUUCGGUUGCAUCCUCGUCGUGUGUCGUCGACAGGAACCGUACGUGACUGUGGAUAUGUAAUCUGCAAAAGGCUCAAUAGAGCUUGAAACUGAGGAAGCAACGUAAACAUUGAGAGUCUUUUCUUCUUUGCCUUGAUGAUGUUGUUGUUGUUGUUGAUCUGUUCAUGUUGGAGUGAAGGUGUCUUUGACCGGCCUCCGAAAGUCAAUUCUAAUCCGCCUGGAUUCAGUUUUGGAUUU